GACAGCAGCCGCCUAAGUAGGGGCCGAGGGAGAAGUGGAGUGCACCCUGGGCUGUGGCCGGGACCUUGGAGGAGCUGGGACAUGGGCCACCGCAGAGCCUUGUUCUGCCAGCAACUGACAGUCGUGUCAGACGGACAGGGUUUGGCUUCAUAACCCCAUGAAUAAAGGAGAAACUCUCAAGUCAGAAUCGAAAGAGGAAAAUCCCAACUGCAAGCAACAAAUUUCUUCUCUGACCUGCCAGGAUCACCUGAAGGCAGGGUUCCUUCCACAAGGUAAGUUCUUUGUAAAUGUUCCUGGAAGGAAUGGAUGAGCUUCCAAAGGAGGGACACAUCUGGGCCUCCAUGAGGAAGACAGCUUUCAUCCUGGGCUCUGGCCUUCUCUUGCUUGUGGCCUUCUGGAACACAGUCACAUGGCAUCUUCAGAGAUUUUGGGGCACUUCUGGCUAUUUUUGGCAAGCCCAGUGGGAGAGGCUGCUGUCGAGAUUUGAAGGGAAGGAGUGGACCCUCUACGUUAUAGGUGUCAUCGAAGUACCCAGUCUAGUCUUCUGGAGCUUCAGUGGGCUUCUCCUAGUGGUUGACACAACGGGAAAACCUAACUUCAUCUCCCGCUACCGAAUUCAGGUUGGCAAGAAUGAACCAGUGGACACCAAGAAACUACGGCAGUGUAUCCGCACAGUUCUCUUCAACCAGGUCGUGAUCUCUUUGCCCAUGCUGGUCUUCCUCUAUCCCAUCCUCAAGCUGCGGGGAGACCCCUGCCACCGAGAGCUACCCACCUUCCACUGGUUCCUCCUGGAGCUGGCUAUCUUCACUCUGAUUGAGGAAGUCCUGUUCUACUACUCGCACCGGCUCCUUCACCACCCAACAUUCUACAAGAAAAUCCACAAGAAACACCAUGAGUGGACAGCUCCCAUUGGCGUGAUCUCUUUAUACAGCCACCCUAUUGAUCAUGUGACCUCCAACAUGCUGCCGGUGAUGGUGGGUCCCAUAGUAAUGGGCUCCCACUUGUCCUCCAUCACCAUGUGGUUCUCCUUGGCCCUCAUCAUCACCACCAUUUCCCACUGUGGCUACCACCUACCUUUCCUGCCUUCACCUGAAUUCCAUGACUACCACCACCUCGAGUUUAGCCAGUGCUAUGGGGUGCUGGGAGUGCUGGACCACCUCCAUGGGACCGACACAAUGUUUAAGCAGACCAAGGCCUAUGAGAGAGACAUCCUCCUGCUGGGCUUCACCCCACUGUCUGAGAGCAUCCCGGAUGCCCCGAAGAAGAUGGAGUGAGGGGGCGCCUGGGUGGCUCGGUCGUUAAGCGUCUGCCUUUGGCUCAGGUCAUGAUCCCAGGGUCCUGGGAUCGAGCCCUGCAUCCAGCUCGCUGCUCAUCGGGGAAUCUGCUUCUCCCUCUGACCCUCCCCCCCUCAUGCUCUCUCUCAAAUAAAUAAAAUCUUAAAAAAA